AUGGCGCUUCCACAACCUGAGUUGCUCGCCCCGGUUGCGCCGCAAUCCUCCCUUUCUUUCACGCAGGGAUUUUUGCUAGGCCAGCUGUCGGUAGUGCUACUCAUCGGCGCCUUCAUCAAAUUCUUCAUCUUCGGCGAAGCACCACCACCCCCAUCGCGCGGCCUGUCAAAUCGCACAACCCACCGCCGCUACAGCUCAGUCUACAACACGACUCAAGACCCAAAGACACUCCGAGAGAAGCCAUCAAACUCCAAUGUCCUCCGCCCAGUCCCCGCAUCCUCCACAAAUACCCGCUCCAUCCUCCGCAAGACAUACUACAGCGCCAUCCCUACCAACCCCGCCAAACAUGGCCGCCAUCGAAUGCACCACUCCUCCCACCAGCCCGAGUCGCUGGACUGGUUCAACGUCCUGAUCGCGCAAACAAUAGCGCAAUACAGACAAACAGCAUACUCACUCAAGGACUCGCCCACCUCCUCGAUCCUAAGCUCCCUAAACGCAGCAAUGAACAACCCAGAAAAGAAACCUUCCUUCAUCGACAAAAUCACCGUGACAGACAUCUCACUCGGCGAAGAAUUCCCCAUCUUCAGCAAUUGCCGCAUCAUCGCCGUUGACGACCCCACAAACGCCGACGGUGGAAGAUUACAAGCCCUCUUGGACGUCGACCUCAGUGACGACAAUUUAUCCAUCGCAGUGGAAACCCAAUUAGUCCUCAACUACCCCAAAGCCCGCUCCGCCAUUCUCCCCGUCGCCCUCUCAGUAUCAGUCGUGCGGUUCUCGGGGACAUUAUGCAUUUCGCUGAUUCCCGCCUCCACCGACCCAGUCGGCCUCCACACACCAGCAACAUCGCCAGGACCAAAUCAAGAACCCUCCAGCGCGUUCCCCGGUUCUCCAGGCUCAACCGAGUCCCGCGAUACGAAUUCACAAAAGAGUAGCCCCAAGAGUAACGUCGCUUUCUCAUUCUUACCAGACUACCGCCUCGACCUCUCCGUCCGCUCCCUCAUCGGUUCCCGCAGCCGUCUCCAGGACGUGCCAAAGGUAGCACAACUCGUCGAAGCGCGCGUCCACGCCUGGUUCGAGGAGCGCGUUGUCGAGCCUCGGGUGCAAGUCGUCGGUCUUCCGGAUCUAUGGCCGCGCAUGGGAAGGACGGGCGUGCGUACUGGCGAGGACUCGGAUGCAGGAUCUACUGCACCGCCACGCAGUGCGGGUUCGGCGGAGGGUCCGAUGCGAUUUGAUGAUCGUGAAGCGGAGGGAUUGAGAUUUCGCGGACCUUUGGAUCCGAGGUUAGGGUUAGGGGGGUCUUGGUGCGGGGUCGAGUAG